GACGCUGCUCCAUUCAUUGCAGUCUGAGGCAGACGGAGCUCUGUCGGUCAAACUCGCCACCAACACUGCAUCUUCCGUCCUCGAAGUCAAACACUCCGCAGCUUCUCCGGCGUCACUUUUUUCCUCCUUCCCUUUUUUACCCCAGAGUGUGCGCGGAGUGCGUUGUAGUUGUGAGCAUGCACGACGACGACCGCCACCGAAACAAGGAUUCAAGAAGAACAUGGACAAAUCGACAACUUAUAUUUUACAAAUGCACUUUAUAUUUAUUCAUCUUCAGUCUGGAACUGAAGGGGAGCGUUACGGCACCGCAGGACUCUGAUGAGUUUGCUUUCUUCCAUGAGGGCGCCCAGGGAUGCCUGGGGGUGCAGGAUCACUCCCUCAUCCUUUCAUCCUCCUGUAAGGAAGACAACCAGCGAUGGAAGUGGGUGACCCGGGGGCGCCUGUUUAACCUGGGCUCCUCGCUGUGCCUGGGUGUGACCACUGGCAACCUCACCUCCAGGUGGAGGUCUCCUCUGGGGGUGUACACCUGUGACCAUGAACCUCCCACAGUACGUUGGACCUGGAACUGUGGCCAGGUGCUGGACAACCUCAACAACUACCUUCCAUCACCAUCACUUUGGAACUCCUCCACAACACCCUCCCCUUCAAAGCUCAAAUGGACUCUGUACGGUGGCGUUCUGGACCUGUGCUCUAAAACAUAUCGAGAGAUCUAUACAAUCCAGGGGAACUCUCACGGCCGCCCCUGCUACCUGCCCUUCCUGUACGAUCGCCGGUGGUUCCACAGUUGCACUGGCAUCGGGCGGGAGGAUGGUCACCUGUGGUGCGCCACCACCUAUGAUUAUGGCAAGGACGAGCGCUGGGGCUUCUGCCCUGUGAAGAGCAGCGACUGUGAGACAUUCUGGGAUACUGACCCGCUGACAGAGAGCUGUUACCAGUUUAACUUCCAGGCUACGCUGUCAUGGAACGAGGCUCGGGUCAGCUGCCAGCAGCAGGGGGCGGACCUGCUAAGCAUCACCAAGCUGCAUGAGCAAACCUACAUAAAUGGUUUACUGACUGGCUACAGUGCUGCUUUGUGGAUUGGCCUCAACGACCUGGACAUCAAUGGAGGCUGGCAGUGGGCCGACUCCUCACCACUUAAAUAUCUCAACUGGGAGCAAGAUCAGCCAAACCAUGCUGAGGAGGAGAACUGUGUUGUGAUCAGAACCGAGUCAUCCGGCCGCUGGCAAAAUCGCGAUUGUUCUGUUGCCUUGCCAUAUGUUUGUAAGAAGAGGCCAAAUGCCACCCUGGACCCCUUCACUACUGAUUCCUGGGCAGACGAUGAGAAAUAUGAGUGUGAUGUGGGCUGGCAGGCCUUCCAGGCUGGCUGCUACAAGCUAACUUCAGAGAAGACUGACUGGGAUACAGCACAGAAGACCUGCCAGAAGAUGGAGGCCAACCUGGUCAGCAUCCAUACCCUGCCUGAGCUUGAGUUCAUCAUGCGCAACCUCAAGAGAGACAUUGACCAAGUCUGGACAGGGCUUCAUGACACUGACAUGCAAAUGGACUUCCAGUGGACCGACCACACACCCGUCAUCUUCACCUACUGGCACCCCUUUGAACCCAAUAACUUCCGCAACACCCAAGAGGAUUGUGUCUCCAUUUGGGGAGCUGAGGGCCGCUGGGAUGACAGCCCCUGUAAUCUGACUCUGCCCUCCAUCUGUAAGAAACCAGGAACAAAGAGUGAUGGGAAGCCACAGCACAAAGACUGCAAACAAGGCUGGAAGUGGCACAGUCCAGCGUGUUACUGGGUGGGAGAAGAUCUGCUCACCUUCAGUGAGGCCAGGAAGUCCUGUGAAGACCAUGCAGCCGCCCUUGUUACCAUUACCAAUCGAUUUGAGCAAGCCUUUGCUAACAGCCUGGUGUUCGGUCGCUCUGGAGAUGCCUUCUGGAUUGGCCUAGAUGACCAGGGCAGCCCCGGCUCCUACCACUGGCUCAGUGGGGAUGAAGUGUCCUACACCAACUGGAAUCAAGACCAGCCAGUUAGCAUCCAUGGUGGCGGCGGCUGUGUUUCUAUGACAACGGGCUUCACAAUAGGUCUGUGGGAGGUGAGGGAGUGUGCGUCAUCAAAGGCGAAAUUCAUCUGCCGUCAGAAUCAGGACACGUCUCUGAGUCCCGAGCCUCCCGUGCCCCAGCCCACCCCUAGCCUCAGUGGCUCCUGUCCCAGCGGCUGGAAGAGCAACAGCAACCUGCGCUACUGUUACAAGGUGUUUCACUCCUCCCAGCUGGAGCAGAAGCUGAGCUGGCUACAGGCUCACCUGUUCUGCCAGAGACACGGAGCCAACCUGCUGAGCAUCAGUGGCCCUGAGGAGGAGCACUUUGUUCUGCAGGUCCUGCAUGAGGCCUUUGGGGAAUCUGAGGAACAUGAGCAGCAUUGGUUUUGGAUUGGACUGAACCGCAGGAACCCCACAGAUAACAGCAGUUGGAAGUGGAGCGAUGGACUGGCUUUCACGUACCAGAACUUUGGCCGCUACUACUACAACAUUCGGCAGUGCGCUGCAGCAGACUUGGGCACUAUGACCUGGCUGGCUAUGCACUGCGACUCUGAGUUAGACUGGAUCUGCAAGAUCCCUAGAGGUAGUGUUGAAAUGAAACCAGAAGUCUCUGAAGGCACCAGUUCACCUGAAUGGAUUGGCUUCCAGGAGGCUGAGUAUAAAUUCUUUGGCCACCGUACCACUUGGGAGCAGGCCCGGAGGAUUUGCUCCUGGUUUGAUUCCUCGCUGGCCUCUGUCCACUCAGCUGAGGAAGAGGCUUUCCUGGCCAACACUUUACGCAAGAUGGUAAAGGUGGAGGGUGACAACUGGUGGCUGGGGCUUCACACCUACGAAAAUGACGGCCGUUUCCGCUGGUCUGACCACUCUGUACUCAACUAUGUGUCCUGGACUCUUGGGAGCCCACGCCCGCUCAGCCGUGAUCGUAAAUGUAUCUACAUAUCCGCCAGCAAAGGGGAGUGGGCUGAUCAGAAGUGCCACUCUGACCUGCACUAUAUCUGUAAGAGAGUGAAUGUCACAGGGACCAUUCCUCCAACUCCAGCAUCCCCCCACCCACCUUCGGGCUGUCCUGAUGGAUGGUCUUCCUAUCAGCAUAAGUGUUUCAGAGUGUUUGAUCAGUCAUACAAGGUCACAUGGUCUGCAGCCAAGCUGAAAUGUGAGGCACAGAGAGGUGUACUGGCAGUGGUGUCCAAUCAUUUGGAGCAAGCCUUUGUCACCACUCUGCUGAACAAUGUCAGUGUUAACCUUUGGGUAGGUCUGACCUCAGACUCUAAAGGUCAUUUCCAGUGGACCAAGGCUGGCCUGCUCAGCUACACCAACUGGGCUCCUGGAGAGCCUCUCGACAACAGCGGACCACACCACAACAGGACCCCGGGAAACUGUGUGGUGAUGAUUCAUGGGAACCCACAGAAGAACACGGGCAUGUGGGCUUCCCGAGCCUGUGAGAUGGAAAGUAAUGGCUUCAUCUGUCAAAGUCAACAAGACCAAGGUCUCCCUCCGGCACCUCCCCUGAUUCCUGCCUCCUUGUCAAAGCCUGUAGAGCUGGGUGGAGUGAUGUACCGGGUGGUGGAGAAGCCCCUGGACUGGACUGGUGCUCUGCACCUGUGUGAAUCUUUGAAUGGGACCCUGGCUAUAGUAAAGGACCCCUACCAACAGGCGUACCUCACGCUGCUGAUCAACAGCCUGCGCCGGCCGGCCUGGGUUGCACUUUACAACGAUGGAGGGCGGAGCUUCACCUGGCUGGGUGAAGAAGAAGUGUCCUAUUCAAACUGGAGAGAUGGGGAGCCCUUUCAGAUGGCUGGCUGUGGUCAUAUGACCCUUACUGGGCAAUGGACUAUGACUACAAAGUGUGAUACUAAAUUGGAGGCUGCUCUCUGUCAAAUUAGUGAAGAACCUGUAACGCACCAGUGGAAUUUCCCUGGCCAGUGCCCCCACUCUCUAGGAGAGUGGGCGUGGGUGUCUUUCAGAAACCACUGUUAUGCCUUCAACCUGCAAAGACUUAAACUGCAGCAGGAUGCACACACGUCCUGUAAGAAAGUGGGAGCAGAACUUCUUUCUAUCUUGGAUGAGACAGAAAAUGGAUUUAUAUGGGAACACAUCCAGAGCUAUGCAGAACAGGCACAUGGAGCUUGGCUGGGCAUCAGUGUGAAAGGUAGAGGUCUAGUGUGGAGUGAGGACACAGAGAUGUCAUACACCAACUGGGAAGCGCACAACGUUGCCUUCUCUGUUCUGUCUCCAAACUCGUGCUUCUGGAUCCAGAGCAACAGUGGCCUGUGGAAGCCAGGCUCCUGCAAAAACCGCACACAUGGAGUCAUCUGCAAACGGCCACGCAUUGCAGGUGCUGACACCUCAUAUAUAAUGUCAGGUAAUGACUACCGCCCCAUUCUGAUUUUCGUCGCGGUGACGGUCUUGCUGCUGAUUUUCGUUGCUAUAUACAUGUACCGCCGGCGAACUCUUGGGUCCCACGGUUCCUACGAGGGAGCCCGCUACAGCCGCACCAACUCCGGCCUUGCUGAGCAGACUGAGAAGAACAUCCUGGUGUCUGACAUGGAACUGAAUGAGCAGCCGGAGUAGCAGAGCCGCCCUGGAACGACUGACUGACCAACCCAUGGGACUGGACCCAACCUGACACACGAGAGGCUAAUUUCAGUGUGCUAACUUGGAGACACUUUGUGGCAUUUAUGUUCUUUGUUGUCUCUUUUGAAACUAAAAAAAAAUUUCGAAAGUGCUGAACAACUGUGUAGAGCGCAGCAGAUAUUUUGUUUUUCAAUUGAACCCCCUCCUUUUCAGUCCUCUUUGGCCAAGACCUAACAGUUCUAGCAGUUUCUCUCCAGACAAAUCAGAUCAUUCCAUACUCCCCCAGAAAGCCAUAAAUACAUCUACAGGGAGUUAAUUUUGUCACAGCUAAAAAAGUUAAACAUAAAAUCAGUUUUAUGAAAUGACUCCUCACUGUUUUCCCGCGUGCCAAAAUACAUUUUUGCUUGGUGUCUAUUUACUUUCUUGUUCCUAUUUUGAUUGAAAGACUUAAAGCCAAAGAAAGACUAUAACGUCACAGAUCUACUUUUACUAAAACAAUUUGUCUCUGUUCACUAAAUGCAUGGUCAGUCUUCUUCAGGACCAAAUUCAUUUUUUCCACUUUUAUUUGUUUGUUUUUUUUUCUUUUUUGCUGUGAUGAUAUUUAGCUGAACUUGAGUGUCUUUGUUGUUUCAUUGCAUUCAUGUCCUUCCCACUGAUUUGUCCUUAUCUGUGCAGCUGCAGAGAAGUGUUGCUGGUGAUGUGUGUGGUUUUAGUGAGCCCGCCUCUCUCCUCCUCUCCGAGCCGACACGUCAGCACAAGCUGUCAGACGAGCAGAGGAGGAAGAAGAAAAGUGAAUGUGUGGAAGGUGACAGGGACCAGUGACCUUGAACUGUCUGAGGGAAAUACUCCAAAACUGUGCACAUAAGUAGAACUUGGCACUGAAAGCUGGUGUUUAAGUAGACUACAUUGUCUAUGCUACACACUGCUUUGGUACACCAGGAUUAGAGGUUGUCAUCAUAUGAUCAGACUUUCAGCUUCCAUAGCUCUGUGUAUAUUUUGGCACUUUCUGCUGUUAUCUUGAUCUAAUCAUCCGCUUGCCCUGCCUAGUCAUUGCUGCUCUGUGUUUGCAAACCUUUGGUUGUUUUCCCUCCAUCUGGAGUUUUGUAUCCGCCAUGAGAAGAGGUUAGCAAUUUGAUAGUUUUUUUUAUCUUUUAAAUGAUAUUUCAUUAGGUUUCUGACUCAAGUACAACUGGUAAAGACAUUUGGAAACUUUCCUACUUUUAGGUUAUGAUUUUAACUCCUGGAACUCUCAUUCACCUACAAGGGAAAACAUCCCAGAUGUGAAUGAGACUUUGUAUAUAUAGAGCCAAAGAAUGUUUUUAAAGUGAAUUCACUCUUUUGUAACAGAAAGCCUCCUUAUGAUCUUUUUACAUGUCAUUGUUAGAGUUUUCAUUUGUGUAGCAUAAUGACCAGAUUUUCAGAGUUCAUUUGCUUUCUCAGACAUUUCUCUUUUUGCUUCAUCUCUCGCCCCUGAGCGCAUUUCUCUCUUCCUGCUCGGAGGAAUGCUUUGGAGCCAUUUCACUCUGAGGCUUUUGGUAUUUCACUGAGGUGCUAUGAAAAAAAAACAGCCCUUUUUGCUCUGUGAGCUGGACCAAGAUAGGGGGGAAGGGAGGAGGAGUGUGUAUGUGUGUUUCAGUGUGUGUGUGAGCAGUCUCCAGCUGUGGAAUGUUGAGUCGGCAAGAAGAGCUCAGUGGCACGUCUGGAACUAAUCAGGAAAGGAGGGCUCAGGGACACGGAGGGUCAGAAAGAAGACUGAAUAAAGGAAAACCAUGAAGGAGAAAGGGGGGGAAAGAAACUGGGGAUGUAGGAAGAGAGGAUAGCAGGGAAGGAGGAGUGCAAAGGGUUUGGUGGUUUGUCCCAGGCCUACCCUGGCCUCUGCUGGUGGGUAACUGUACACGCCUGCCUCUAUAUGCCAUAGAUGUGAACUUACUGAGGUUUUGAUGUGAAGAUGUGGUGACUCUUAGUGUGUUCCCCAACAAGAUCAUGUUUGUGACGCAGGCUAGCUCUUGUCCCUGUGAAUAGUACCUGAAGCACCUGUUUUUUUGUAUUUUUUUUUUAUAUGAAAUAAAUAAAAUCUGUUUUCAAAGCUUCUGAUUUCACAGUUAUUUAUAGAUUAU